AUGUCGGCAGAAGAGAGAGUCAACGAGAUGCGUGGGUACAAAGCUACCCUGAGCAACCCAAGAGUCUCACAAAAGGCAAAGCAGCAUGCACAAUCCAUGCUUGAUGAGCUCGGCGGUGAUCAGCCUCGCGAAGAUUUGUAUCACGGAAGAGAUCAAAACAAAGACCCAGUGAGGGUUUCAGCUGGGCUUAAAGCCGCGCAGCAUAAUCCUCGCGUGACGGAGGGCGGGAAGAAGCACGCUGCCGAAAAGCUGGGGCACUCUGCCCCAGAGGAGUAG